AUGCAUCGCCACCAUGAACCAUCUUUGUCGCCCGAGAGAUCUCUGGGAAGAAGAAAGAAGGCCGACACAAGACGAAAUGAUGACCAACUCCAAGCCCGACUCAACCGGCUUGAAGUGAUGUACAGAGAAGCCACAGGGAAGCAGGAGAGCAAGAAGCUGGCGGUAGUCAUGCAAGAAGCAGGACAAUCCCCCUUAUCUGAAAACCUAUUAAGGUUUCCAUUUACAAGGAAAUGUUCCCUACCGACGUUCACAUCCCCGUUCACCGGAACGGGAGAUGCAAUUGAGCAUCUUAGAACUUAUUGUAUGACACUGACCCAAUGGGAUCAUUAUGAUGUGGUAUUGUGUAAAUUUUUCCCUGCCAGUCUGAGGGAUGAAACCCUAAUGUGGUUCAACAACUUGCCUAAGCGCUCAGUUAAUUCGUUCGACCACCUAUCUGAGCUGGUUUUAGAAACAUACAUUCAUAAUAGCCGAAUCCGACCAGAAUUUGAUGCACUAUUCCAGAUGUCACGAGGACCAAAUGAGUCACUUCACUCCCUGGUGACACGAUGGAGGAAAUUAUGUUCUGAGAUUGGAAAGGUCCCUGAGGACUAUGCGAUCUUGGGCUUUAAGAAUAGUCUUAGAAAGACAUACCCUCUCUUUGUCCGCAUGUAUGAAACCAUGCCAAAGAACUUGGGUAAGCUAAGACAAAUCCAAGAGGAUUAUGUGGCCUUGGAGGAACUCCAAGAUGGAACUUAUGACAAGAUGGCAAAAGGAUCAAGUAGAGGAGCAAAUGUGGUAGAGCCACAGAACCCUCAGGUGCCAGCCCAAGGAGCGGGGCGAUCCAACAGCGGAUCAACACAGUUCGACAAACAUCAGACUAGAGGAUCGAAAGGGAGAGACCAGGCCCAACAAAAGAAAGGAAAAGGUCAGCAACCAGCGCGAACUGAAAAUAGAAAUGACUUCUGCGAGUUCCACCAGUUCCACAGCCACACAACAGACUCGUGUAGGGACUUAAAGAAGGUACUGCAAGAUAUGAUCAACGAGUGGAAGCUCCAAGAAUGCAUCGCACAACCAACAAUUCCUCCUACCGCCGGGUCACCCAUACAUGGUGUGGAGAUCCCCAGCGAGGCACAAUAUUUAGGUUGCAAUACUAUAUCACACUCGACGAUAACCACUCCCUUACGAGAAGGAAAUAUUACAGGGCGAAUUCACAAACGAAACUUCAAAGGUGAUGAAGUUUUCAGUGUAGCCAGAGAACCUCCAAUGGAGGAAUUGAUGAAAUUACCCAUUAGCUUUUCAGCCUCGGAGGCACCUGAUGGAGGACGAAACCAUAACGAUCCACUGGUGGUCACGAUGGCCAUUGCACUCCCCGAGCACGAGGGCGAGGAAGGAAAGCCCAAAGCGCUACCAUGGGCACUGCCCAGAAUCUUGAUCGACGGAGGCAGUUCUGUCGAAAUUUUGUUCUAUGAAACAUUCAAACAAAUGGGUCUCAGGGACGAGUGUCUCAUACCCUCUGCUUAUAACAUAUUUGGCUUCAACGGGUCAUCAACCCGCCCAAGGGCGAGGUAA